AGCAUGCCUAUUUGGAAAUUGACUGAACUGUUUUGAUGAACUGAGAGUUUUUGUAAAUUCUGAGUUUUCUGUUAAAUCCAUGCUCACAUGGAGAUUUUCCGGUUGUUUCUGAAAUUGGAGAUUGAUUGUCCUGAUGAUCUGAAAGUAAUUGGUGAAUUGUGUUUUUCUGCUAACUUCAGCCUGUUUUGUCUCCGAUGUGGUCGUGUUAUUACUGACCCUGCUAGCAGGGGUUAAACGCUAGCACAUGUCGACAUGUUAUUGAUAGGACCGGUUCGUUCGACUGACCCUGCUAGUGGGGGUUAAACACCAGCAAAUACUGACCCUGCUAGUGGGGGUUAAACACCAGCAAAUACUGUAGCCUGCCAGUGGGAGGUUUAAACACUGGCCAUGACCUAUUGAGGAGACAUCUAUUUCGUGCCCGUACUGUAUCGGUUUUCAUGAUUACACUUGUUGGCAUGCUAUGAGUUUAAUUAACGGUUUGUCAUGAAACGUUUUGUUAUUGAAUUGAAUCUGAUUUUGCAUUGACGGUUUGUCAUUGAAUGUUUUGCAACUGAACUGAAUCUGAUUUUGUCAUUGAACGUCUUGUUAUGUUAAACUGUUUAUCUGGCAUGCUAAAGUUUUUACCGAGGGCUAUCCAUAUUUACUUACUGAGUUUAUCUCAUAGUUUUUCCUUGUCCACCAUUUCAGGAAGCGAAACCGAGGACGGGGAAACCAAGGGGAGUGACGAGUUAGAAGGCUAGCCAUCUUGAAAUUUGAAUAUGGAUCUUAGAUAUAAAUGAUGAUAUUGUAAGCUAGAUUGUGAUUGGAGAUUUUAUAACUGUAUUUAAUGGAUUGUUAGUUUACAAGAGAUUUGAUCUGGAGAUUUUGAGGUUAAGUCAUGUGGACAUAGAAAAGAAAUUUUGAAAUAUCUGAUCUGAGUUAUGGGAUUGUCAGAUGUGAUUUGGAUAAGUUCCGAGCCUUGUGCGCUUGUGGGACCCGUCUCACGAGUGCACGGCGUUUGUCGCGCCUCGAAUUCGGGUUUUGGGGUGUGACAGUAUACAUUUAAGUUAAUUGGUUUUGUACUUAGGAAUAUUUUAUUGUAUAGAUCUAUAUAUAGGUCUUUUACAUAUACAAUGAAAACAAGAAAGUAAUAAACCUUUUUUCAAAUA